CGACACCAAGCUGCUUGUUUUGUUUAUGCACAGAGGACCCGAGUUGGUUAUAGUGAAAUCGAGCAACCGAAGAUGACCUUCUUGAUUCCAUUUGCUGCAACGUUUGGCCUGGUAUUUGUUGUGGGAAAUCAGGCAGCGCUUCCGGACGUCGGAAAAUGCACAUUUAUGGAAUACUAUUGUAAAGCACGUGACUGUGAAACAGAAUUCUUUAUCGAGCGGCGAAAGGAUCCUAAAGGAAACUGUAGUGCUCAUCACGAUGAAAUGCUCAAUUGUGCCACAAACACUUUGAAUUCUUGCUCUGAUGCCAACUUGCCAUCAAGUCUCCUGAAAGCACAAAUUGAACAAAAUUUCGGAGUAGAUCUCUUGUGCACUAAAGGUGCUGUCGAUACCCCAGCCAACAUCUUUGGUAAAUUGCUUCCGACUUUGCCAUGCUCCGGAUCUUUCAACAACGAAUCAAGCGCCUGUGUGAAAAACUACCAUGAAACAUUUAUUGCAAAUGCAUCGGAUCCUGCUCUUUGCAAGGGACAAGCUGAUGCAAAGAAAUGUCUGAAGAAUCUGAUGAAGUCUGACUGUAGCUUUCCUUCUCAGAUCCAGGAAAUCUUUGAUCUGAGUCUUAGUGACCACAAUCCUUUCUGCACCAACAAGCGGGAUCCUGGGGCGACUGGCAAUGAAAUAUGUGAUGACGUGGUAGUAAAUACUAGAGAUUCAUCCGCUGGUCGCAUAUGUAGCGCAUUGAAGGCACUUGUGCUUUCUUUCUUGUUGGCGUUAUUCUUGGCGAACAUGUAAAACUGAGAGGCCAGUACCGAGAUUACUUAAUUGCGUUAGCUACAAAGAUACUUUUCCAGAUAAUUUUCCUUACGAAAUUCUAUCAAUUUCUUUGCCGAGCUCAAAACUGACCAUCUCUCUUAUUUCUACCUACAAACAUUACGCUAUCGACAUUGCUGAUCCUAGCAGUAUGCAGGACGCGUUUCAUAUGAACUUCUUAAAAGACCUCGCUCACCGUGGAGUCUCAGUGGCUCAGUGGUGGAGCAUCAAAGCGCGGAAUCCGAAGGUCUGAGGUUUGAUUCCUCAUGGAAACUCAGAAUUUUUUCUUUGUCCCACGCUCGUGACAAAACGAAAACAUCUUUCUGUAGUGUAUUUUUAUGUUUGGAGCUUAUCGUAUUGGGUUGCAAUUACAACAUUUAGAUAGCAUUGUAGUUUCUCGUUAUUUAAAAAACUAUAGUGCAGGCUUUGGUUCUCGUCAACUCUUCACCUGGUUUUCUUUAUGUUCCGAUAAUUUCCUUGUUUUGUUCUGUGAUUGGUUUCAAGCUAAAACUCGUCUCGCAAAGCAUCAUUUUACCAACCAGAAAGCGCAACCAAAACCAACCAACUUUGUUUCCAGGGUCCUCUCUCUUCCUCUUCCCUCGGGGGGGAGGAAUGAAGAGGACCCUGGGAGCGAAGUUUAUUUUUCCCUCGGAAGAGGAAAAGAGAGUUAGAUAUUUCAUGUAAAUUCAAAGGAAGUGUACCUCAUUUUGUUUAAUCAGGUAAAGAGUUUUGUUCUUUUGUGUCACUAAACACUGGCCUCUUUGCGUCAGUAUAAAUGAAUAUCGGAUACUCCAAGCUUCCCGUUUGCAAACUGAACAAUACAAUGACUAUGUGAUCAGUAUUUUUUCCUUUAAAUUUGUUUUUAAGUCAUAAGAAGUAAGAGAGAGGCAAAGAGAAAGGAAAAGUUUUUUAUUAAGGUAAUACUUCCUCUUUUUAGAUCGAUAUUGUGAGUAAUGACAUGGAAUAUUAAUAAUAACAGAUUAAGAAUAUAAUAAAGUU